AUGGAGUCGGAAGCAUCUCUACCAGCGCCGCAGGCCUUUCAACCUUUGCACCCACACAGUGCAAUCAAGAUUGGUUGGGAUCUGACAGCGAUGGCAUUGAUUUUUGCUGACACCAUUAUGCUGCCGCUUGCUCUGGCAUGGGAAGAGGAUAUGAAUUGGUCCAAUUUUUUCAGCUCCCUUUUGUACGUGAACUUCUACAUCAGCUUGACUUUCUGGGCUGCGGACUUCAUGGUUAACUUGAACACGGCUACGUAUCGCAAGGGAACUUUGGUGACCCGACAUGUCGCCAUAUUCAUGAGCUACUUGCGAGGCUGGAUGAUGUUUGAUCUGCUGCUGCUUGGGUUCGACCUUGUGUACCUCGCAUCAGAGGCGAACGUUUCGCAAGAGUUUCGAUUAGUCCGCGUGACGAGAAUUCUGCGAUUGUUGAGGCUGUUGAGAAUGCUGAAGCUCACAAAACUCAAUGCCAUUAUUGAGGAGAGUGCUGCCAACAGUGGCCGGCAGUGGGUGACAGUCGUCAUUGCCAUUACAAACACAGCCUUGGGCAUGAUCUUUAUUGCUCACUUGCUGACAUGCAUGUGGUAUGGGGUUGGCCGGGCAACAGAACUUAGCAGAACCGACAUUUCGAGCUGGACAAUGCGGUCAGGUGCCGAAGUCGAUGCCAUCCAGCCCUACAUCCAAUAUCUCCAUGCCAUGCGAUGGAUUGUGAACACGCCAUCGCCACCAGAUAUAGAUCCGGCCAGCGAGAUUGAAAGGAUCUUCGACAUCCUCGUGUCUAUCUUUUACUUGCUCGUGAUGGGCUCUGCAAUUUCAAAGAUCUCGGGGACAAUUGCAGAGCUACGAGCGAUGAACGAAGCAAGAGAUCGCCGAAGGAGAGAAGUGCGGCAAUACCUCAGCCACCAGCACGUCUCCUUUGAGCUGGUGUCCCGGAUCAUGCGCUUUGUGGACUACCGGCUCGAGAAGUUUUCGGCCACAAGUCUUGACACGUCCUUGAUCUCACCCACUUUGCAACUGGAGCUAUACGUAGGUCAGAGGAGCAGCUUCAUCCUGGAGCUCCCCAUAUUCAAACUGCUGCAGGAGUGCUACUCCGAUGUUUUUGGCAGUGUUUGUGCUGCUUUAGAGAAACACGUCUACGAAAAGGGGGAGCAUGUCUUCGUGGCCGGUUCAUGGACGUCCUGCCUACACAUCACUGCCACCGGCAGCUACAGCUACAUCGAAGGCUACGAUGCGGAAGGUGAGGCUGAAGAUUUCAAUGAAAUCCGAUGGUAUGGAGAGUUGUCUCUCUACACCGAAGGCAGCCUGCACCAGUCCACGCUGGCAGCUCAAAGUUUUGCGGAGACGUUUACUUUGACUGGACAAGCCCUGGCAGACUGUGUGAAGCAGUCUCGUGGUUGCAUGGCCAUGUUCUGUGACUUUGCAAAGGACUUUGUCACUGCAAUGCAGGGAAGCAAGACCAAAUGUGGAGACAAGGAGCAAGUUCACUGGGCGGAGGAGUGCUGCAAGCGGAACCAGCACUACCAGGAAUUGUACCCGGACCCAAAGACUCGCUUCAAGAACAUCACAAUACCCUUGAAAGUAAAGCGCACCUCAAGCACGAGUGCAUCAGAGGAAGCCGUCCUUUCCAAGGGCUCCAUACGUGUGAGCAGGCCUCGAUUAUCCAAGAGCUCUCGGAACUCCAGGGGCUCCAAAGGCUCAUCUCAGGAGUCUCAGGGAUCUGUGCAAGCUGUCGAGUUUGGCGACAACGACCAUUUCGAGCCCGUCGCUUCGGUCACCAGCUUGCUCAGAACCUUCAGUGCAGAAUCUGCCGAGACUCUGAAUCCAGGACUCGACUCCUACCUGAAGCAUUUAGAUGGCGCGACGAUGGAGACAUACAAGCUGGUGGAUGACUUGCAGGUUAUCAUUCCCGAGCUGCACGCUGAGCACAGCCCACAUGUUGUCUUCGAGCAGGCAGCCGAGCGAGAGCGAGCAGAGUCCUCAUGCCUCAGCAUCUUGGCGCUCUUCAAGGAUCGCUAUGACAUCUUCACGCAACCACAGGCUCCUCCAGUAAGACUGGCUGAUGAACAAUGGAGCGACCUACAGGGCCUGAUAGCCUGGAUCGCGCCAGAUUUGGAGCAAAUUCAGGCAGUCUUGGUUUUGUUGUCCAUUCGCGCGCUUGGCAAGUCCAAAGCUGUGUUGCAACAAAUGCCACGGCCCAUGCGUCGUCCGGAGAGAGCCGUGUUGCAACUGAUGGAAAGUGAGCGGAAUGUGGUGCCAUCCGUGCUGUGGCUAUCUGAACGUGCAGAGCGAUACAUUGAGAAUGCUUUGGAGAUCCACGAGCUGUUCAACUUGGCACAGAUGCUUCAGGGUGAGAACCUGCCAGCCAACAUCGCUGAGUUGCGCCGCUGUAUCGAGGAGAGGAGCGAAGACAUGUUCCGCUUCUACAUCUUGUUCCUGCUUGGCUUCAUGAGUGGCAUUGCUGCCGGAACCGGCUCGAGAUUCAUGAAUGGCAAGAAUGCGUCUGCAGUUAUCAGUGGCAUUCGAUUACUUCAACGUUUGAUGGAGUGUCCCCCAAGCGCAAUCUACUGGGGCUACCUAGAAGAAAGAGCAGAAAAGCUGCGGCUGAACUUCUACACUGCAGAGGACCUCGUGCUCGUCCGCUUGUCAUGCCUGGCAAGGGUCCAGGAAGAGAAAGACUACUUGCAGCUCCGUGCUGCCUGGGAUGCCUUGAAAGCACGCGAACGAGCUGCCUUGACCGAUCAUUUCCUGGCGGAUGGCAUCCAGGAACAAGCCUUCAUUCUGGAGUUCUUGCCUAACUGCGUUGCCAAUGCAAAGGCAAAUAACGUCGUCGCCCUGACCGGGCUGCUGGGUGUGUUGGUGGACUUGCUGAACAACCUGCGCCUGAGCAUGGACUCUAUGCCGGAGAUGGAGAAGGUCAUUCCUGUGGACCUCUCUGAGAUGGCCGAGUUUAUCGCAGUUGUGCAGAACAGGUUCGUGUUCCUGACUUGCGUGUCCAGAUGCCAGCUUCAGUUUGUUGGACAGAGAGUUAUCUUGAAGAUGACAGGAGGCAACUGGGGGCGAACCACGGAUCCGGAUUCAGACAUGACAAGCUUAGCGUACACUCUCCAGGACAUCCUCCAGAAACAGGAGGUGCUGGAAGCUUACAUCAUGCGCCGGGAGGAGCAAGGAACCCGACCUCCGAAGCCAUCCAAGCCGCCUGCAAGGGUGCCGCCGCUGGAAAGGACUUACAGCUCAAGUUCUGAGCUUGUGAGGCAUGAAGCUUUUUGA